AUGGCAACACCAGAUUCCUACAGAUCAGUGUGUGAUCGUUUUAAUGUCGGAAAAGCAACAGCUUGGAGAACUGUUUGGAAAGUAGUCAAAUCAAUAUAUAAUUUUCUACCUAUUUACGUAAAAUGGCCUACCCGUGAAGAAGCAAGUAUAACAUCAAAUCAUAUUUAUCGAAAGUACGGAUUUCCUAAUGUAUUGGGAGCGGUCGAUGGAACACAUAUAAGAAUUGCUCAACCGAAAGAACAUCAGGCCAGCUAUAUUAACCGCAAAGGAUUUCAUUCUCUACAAACUCAGCUAGUAUGUGAUCACAAGUUUAAAAUUAUUCAUGCGUUCUGUGGUCAAGCAGGCUCAGUUCAUGACGCUCGUGUUUUCCGGUUGUCAAAUUUACAAAAUUAUUGCACACCUGAAUUUUUCCCUGAUGAUACCCAUUUGUUAGGAGAUAAAGCUUACAGUAUUCAACCUUGUAUAAUGGUACCUUAUCGAAAUAAUGGUAACUUGAAUGAAGAUUCGGUGCGAUACAAUAAGAUACAUUCAAGUGCUCGUAUGAUGAUAGGACGAACAAAUGCUUCAUUAAAAGGAAGAUUUCGGAGUUUAUUGGAUAAACUACCAUUCAAAAGAACUGACUUAAUACCAUAUUAUGUUAUUGCUUGUUGUAUUUUGCAUAACAUUUGCAUUAUGAGAGAUGAUUUAAUUGACAUCCCAAUUCUUGUGAAUCAUGAAAUUCUAGCCAUGGAUGUAGAUAUUGAAAUGAACAAUGCCAUGAAAGUUGCUGGAAUGGAGAAAAGAGAAAAGUUGAAAAAUUUAAUAAAUAAUAAUGUAUAA